AUGUCCACCACCGCGCACGCGUCCUCGUGCAUGACUCCGGGCGCCUCGCGCGCGCCCGAAUCCCACUUCCAAAUGUUCGCGCACGACGACGAGUUGGCCGAGCGAGCCUGCGCCGCGGGCGUCGUGCGAAGCGUGUGCGCGGUGACGCUCGACGAGGCCAACGAUUGGCGCGCGCGGUGCGAAGCGGCUUCGUUGACACCGAAACGAGACGAUCGAGCGACGAGCGAGACGGCGCCGAGGCGCGCGCGAGGAAAUCGCCGCCGAGGGCGACGUCACGAGCGUCAGAUCGACGCGGCGCGCGAGCCGACGACGGACGCGCGGGAUAACGCGGAUAAGCGCAUGCUGCAAGACAUCCUGCAAGACAUUGAGGUCGUGGACACCGAAACGCUGAAGAGAUCGAUAGAGACCGAUCGGUUGGCGAGCGCGUUUCGCGGCGUCGUGGACGCGCGGGUGAAGACGAUGAUGGACUUCGUCGUCGCGUGGUGCGACGAAGCGCGCGAUUUGGAACGCGAGUGUCAAGAGACGUACGAAAAGACGUUGGAAUCGACGAUGCGCGAACACGAGCGCGCGUACGCACACCACGAGGACGCCACGCGGCGGUUUGACAAGCUCGCGCAGGUGAAAGACGCGUCAUUGGAGACGCGAAAGGAAUUGGACGCGACGUCGACUGAAAUCGCUGGCUUGGUCGCGACGCUAGAGCGCCUGGAGCAGAUGAUCAAGACGAAGAGCGAAUCCUUCACGUCGUACUUCAACUCGCAGAUUACGUUUUUGAUUCGGAAGUUUGCUGACGGCGCGAUCGACGGCAUGCGCGAGAGCGAAGUCGCGAUCGCGGGGUCCGUGGGAUCCGGCUCGAUCGAGGCUUUGAAGCGAGACUUGCGCGAGUCGCCGCCUAAGAGCAAAAUCGAGCUCGAAUCCCCGCCGACGCCGCCGAAGCUGAUGAUCAAGCGUCGAAGCGCGAGUCCGACCCCGCGAAAACCACUACCGGUGGACGAAGGCGAGCUCGAGGAGGGAGAGAUCGCACCGAUCGAAAAAGGAGAGACGUCGGCGAGCGCUACGGCCGCCGCCGCGUGA